AAACAUCUAACUUCAUCAUCUAGUACCUGCUGGGAAGACACUGAGCCAGUUUAACUCAUGCCUGGGUGAUGGUGUCAAGAAGAGGAAAGAUAGCCCAAGGAAUCACACCCAUGGAACCAACAAACAAAACCAGUGCAUCUCAAUUCAUCCUCCUGGGACUCUCAGAAAAGCUGGAGCAGGAGACGUUUCUCUUUUCCCUGUUCUUCUGCAUGUACCUGGUCACGGUCGUGGGGAACCUGCUCAUCAUCCUGGUCAUCAGCAUAGACUCCCACCUCUACACCCCCAUGUACUUCUUCCUGGCCCACCUGUCCCUGGUUGAUUUCUGUCUGGCCACCAACACCAUCCCCAAGAUGCUGGUGAGCCUUCAAACCGGGAGCAGGGCCAUCUCUUAUCCCUGCUGCCUGAUCCAGAUGUACUUCUUCCAUUUCUUUGGCAUUGUGGACAGCGUCUUAAUCGCCGUGAUGGCUUAUGACCGGUUUGUGGCCAUCUGCCACCCGUUGCACUACGCCAAGAUCAUGAGCCCACGCCUCUGUGGCCUGCUGGUCGGCGCCCCCUGGGUGUUUUCCUGCUUCAUCUCACUCACUCACAUCCUCCUGAUGGCCCGUCUCGUUUUCUGCGGCAGCCACGAGGUGCCUCACUACUUCUGCGACCUCACUCCCAUCCUCCGACUUUCGUGCACAGACGCCUCUGUGAAUAGGAUCUUCAUCCUCAUUGUGGCAGGGAUGGUGAUAGCCACGCCCUUUGUCUGCAUCCUGUCCUCCUAUGCUCGCAUCCUUGAGGCCAUCAUGAAGGUCCCCUCUGCAGGCGGCAGAAAGAAAGCCUUCUCCACCUGCAGCUCCCACCUGUCUGUGGUUGCUCUCUUCUAUGGGACCACCAUUGGUGUCUAUCUGUGUCCCUCCUCGGUCCGCACCGCUGUGAAGGAGAAAGCUUCUGCGGUGAUGUACACAGCAGUCACCCCCAUGCUGAACCCCUUCAUCUACAGCUUAAGGAACAGAGACCUGAAAGGGGCUCUCAGGAAGCUGGUCAACAGAAAGAUCGCCUCAUCUUCCUAACCACCAGGACUCGAGAACUUCUGGGGGAUAGAAUAUAUACAUCUGGGGGUCUUGGGCUAACAUCUGGAAUUGCAUGAGUUGAAGAGUAGGCACUUUGAAUUUUAUUAUCAUUAUUAUUUAGAGAUGGGGUCUCACUAUGUUGCCCGUGCUGGAGUGCAGUGGCGUGAUCAUAGCUCACUGCAGCUUCAAACUUCUCUCGUUUCUGCGUUGUUUUACUAGAGACAGAGUCUCACUAAUUUGGCCAGGCUGGUCUGGAACUCCUGGGCUCAAGCAAUACUUCCCCCUCAGCCUCCUAACGUCCUAGGAUUACGGGUGUGAGCUACCAUGCCGAGCCUCACUUUGAAUUUUUUGUUUGUUUUUGUUUUUGUUUUUGUUUUUGUUCCAGGCUGGAGUGCAGUGGCAUGAUCACGGCUCAUUGCAGGCUUGACCUCCCUGGCUCAAGCGAUCCUCCCACCUUAGCCUUCCAAGUAGCUAGGACCAUAGGCACGUACCACUGUGCUCGGCUAAUUUUUGUAUUUUUUGUACAGACAGGGUUUUGCCAUACUACCCAGCCUGCAGAAGUUUCAUGGGAAAUCUCAGGUUGGUCUGGUAACUGUUUUUCUUUUUGUUUUCUUUUUUGUUUUUGAGGCAGAGUCUCAUUCUGUCACCCAGGCUGGAGUGCAAUGGCAUGAUCUCUGCUCACUGCAACCUCCGCCUCCGGGUUCAAGCGAUUCUCCUGCCUCACCCUCCAGAGUAGCUGGGACUACAGGUACCCAUCACCAUACCCGGCUAAUUUUUGUAUUUUUAGUGGAGACAGGGUUUUACCAUGUGGGCCAGGCUGGUCUCGAACUCCUGACCUCAAAUGAUCCACCCACCUUGGCCUCCCAAAGUGCUGGGAUUACAGGCGUGAGCCACCACGCCUGGCUGGAAAGGCCAUUUGAGGACACAGUGAAAGGGGGUCUAUCUGCCACGGAAGAAAGACUUCACCAAAAACCAAUCCCAACAGCACGUCGAUCUUGGGCUUCUGACCUUCAGAACCAUGAGACAAUCCACUUUGCUUAUUUAGCCACCCAGUCCGUGGUGUUUUGUUAUAACCAGCCCUGGCCAAAUAACACAGUGACCAUGAGGGCAGGAGUCUUAGGAAGAUGUCAACACGUGAAGGAGUGAAAUGCCGCCAUGUGGUUCUGUGGCUGGACCUACUCUGUCUCCAAACUCUGUUAGGAAAGAUAAUCAUUCUGGGCUCUGUUGCCUGGGCUGGAGUGCAGCGGCACGAUUAUAGCUCACUGCGGUCUUGACCUCCUGGGCUCAAGCAAUCCUCCCACCUCAGCCUCCCAAGUAGUUGGGACCAGAGGCAAGCAGCACUAUGCCUGGCUAAUUUAUUUUUAUUUUUAUAUAUUUUUAGUAGAGACGGGGUCUCACUAUGUUGUCCAGGCUGCUCUCAAACUCCUGGGCUCAAGCCAUCCUCCCACCUCAGCCUCUCAAAAUGCUG